AUGGUCACCGGCGGCCACUUUUGGAAAACCUUUUUCAAUACGCUGUACGGCUUUUGUAUUGUUGCGUUCAUCGUGGCUCAGCAAGUCAUAAUUUAUAGCAUUCACCUGGAACAGGACUUCGCUGGUUGGUUCAUCAGCACAAGCAUACUACUAACUAGCUUCGUAAUCGUCACUCAAGCACUGCUGUCCGGGAAAGGACUUCAGCUGCUAAUGCGAGAACUAUUACAAAUCGAAUCGUUGCUACUGCCCGGAAGAAGAUGGCGCUUCGGUAUAAGUUUCUAUGCUAUGUACGCCAUCGGUAUUGCUAGAUGUGCAUUUCGAACGACCCUGUUGGUUCAACUUGGUUUGCGCAAACUCAGCGUGGCAUUAAUGCUUGUCACCCCUUCGUUGAUUGUCCUUGUCCGUAUAAAUCAGCAAAUAUUUCUAAUGGAGCUUAUCGCUUCUCACUUGAGUGUAAUUUUGUCAGAGAUUUCCAACUCACAAGGAGUGAACAGAGGCUUUACAGAGGACCAAGAGCAACAACAUAGUGAACAUUCCUGUAACAUGCUUCAACGUGUUGACCAUCUCUUUGGACGUUUACAGAAGUGCUUGAUCAUGAUGAACUCUCUGUUUGGAUGGUCUACGGCAGCAAUUGUAGUGUAUCUAUUCAUAAACAUUACAUUUCAAUUUCGAACUCCUAUGCAGAUGCUCCCAUUCUAUGCGCAAAUGGUUGAUGUUGCAUUCUCGACCCUUUUACUGCUGUUUUUGUGCAAAUCCGCCAAUCUCGCCACAGAAAAGAUGAACGAUAUACGUUGCAGCUUGUUGAAACCCUUCUACCCUGAGUGCUUGUGGGAUCAGCUCCACAAUCUGAUCGUGCGCACCAAGCUACAGCCCUUCGAAUUCACUGCAAACGGACUGUACUCAAUCAAUUAUAGGCUGUUUGGUUCGACACUUGCAGCAUCCGCCACAUAUGUCGUUAUCAUGUUUCAAUUUGAUCAAAAAUCACAAAACACGUGA